UCUAUAUAGUGGGGUGCUAGAGUAUCAAUGUCCGGCGGAGCUUCCCUGGAAAAGAUGAUCCAGCUCUGAAUCCUUAUGGUUUCCUGUUGCAUGGUCGCCGUUCAUCUCAGUGCUGGCUGAGUUUAGGCUCUGUGCCGAGACCAAGAGAGGUAAUCAUGAUCCUUGAAGAAUGACAGUUUUGAAGCGGUAUGUGAUGAGAUUAUUCAUAUCCAUAAAGUACAUUACUGCGAAUGUGGUAGACAGAAACAACGGGCGGAUUGUUGCAGCUGCUUCAACUGCAGAGCAUGCCAUUAAGGAAUCAGUAGAGUGUGGCCGGACUUGCAAUGCAAAAGCAGCAUAUAUUGUUGGAGAGGUAUUGGCCAUGCGGCUCAAGGUUGAGGGACUUAAUGACGGACAGGGACGAGGCAUCCACGUGAAUGUAAACAAGGAAAUAGAGAAGAAAGGCUUCAAGAGCCAAACCAAGGUCUGGGCUGUGGUUAAUGCUCUGAGGAGUCAUGGAGUUAAACUCAUCCUUGAUGAUGAUAACCUUGAUGCAAGUAAUUCUUGGUCGAGCCAUUAAUCUUCUCAAGAUUCGUUUGGUCCAUGUAUGUCUACUAAGAAUGAAGAUGUCAUGUAUGUAUUUGAAAAUUUUGUAUGUAGAACCGCAGGGUCUUGUCCUGAGAAUGACACUUGCAAUAAACAAAAGUAUACAUGGAAAGACGAAUUUAACCUCAAAUCGUGCUACCAAAAUUAUGAUAGGCAUAGUUAUCAGAUGAUUCUCAACAGGGCAUCGGAUUACGUUUAGAUGUACAUUUGGAUUAACGCUUAACAGGUUCGGUUGUUUUGGAUGCAACCUGUUGACUUC